GAGCAGGUUGAGCAGCACACGGAGGUGACACCCAAGUCCACUGGCGAGUCAACCUCCCCAGAGGGGUCUGCUGAACCUUCAGAUACAGACCAGGACGCCACUACCGCUCAUGCUUACCUCCCAACAGCGGGAUCGUGGCGAGCUAUAUGGUCUCCUGAACACAACACCUAUUAUUUCUACAACUCCGAAACCAAAGAAACGACUUGGGUAAACCCCCUUCAAACUGAAUCAGAACCUUCCUCGUCUUCCACCCCCCAAUCUGGUCCAUCCACGAUAAUAGACUCUCACCACGCCGCGCUGCAAGCAAACGCGAUGGCGCUGGGUAUUGAUCCAUCCUUGGCCCAUCUUGAUCCUUCGCUUGCUUCCUCGUCGGGUGUUCCUAGCAACUUUAUGUACACCGCCAAGUUCAACGCGAAGACUGGCGCUUUUGCGAAGGCGGAUAGUCGCGAUCCUACUCACUUGUCAGAGUAUGAGCGUGCUAAGCGCAUGAGCGAGUUCUACUUUGACGUUGGUGCUUGGGAGAGGGAGGUCGAGGCUCGCAACAAGGCUGAGAUUGAGGCCGAGGGAGAAGGCAAGAAGAGAAAACGUCCGACGAAGAAAGACCUAGAGCGGUUCAAGGAACAGAAGAGAUUAAAGAAGAUUGCAAAGACAGCAUGGCUUCGAACAUAG